AUGCCGUCAGAUCUAUCAAAUUACAUUGCAUCAAGAUACCUUGUUGCCGAUCCCAAGCCCUCCAAGAAGCGCAAGCGCAAGCAAGGAAGCGCACCCUCCGGCCUCUUAAUCACAGACGACGACGACGACUCAGCCUGGAGGAAAAGUACGACGCAAGACGCCGACGACGAAGAUGCGCCCGUGACCGUCGCAGGGGUUACAGCCGAGCUGCGGAAACUGAAAAAGAGCAAUUGGAAGACUGUGUCGGAGGCCGGAAAGGCAUCUCAGAACAAAGAUGACAGCGCCGCGGCUGCGGAUGCCAUCAUUGCGUCGGCGGCUGCUGAGAAUGAAGCCGCGAGGGCUGCGGACGACGAGAUGCCGGUCGUCGAGGGCGGCGAAGGCGUGGUGAAGAUGAGUGACGGUACACAUGCCGGGUUGCAGAGCGCCGCGGCUGUUUCUGCACAGCUGAGGCGGCGGCAGCAGGAAGAACGUGAAGAGUUUGAGCGCCACAGGAAGAAUGCAAAGGAGGAGGAGACGGUAUACCGAGACGCCACAGGUCGCCGCAUCGACAUAUCGAUGAAGAGGGCUGAAGCAAGGCGUGCGGCCGCCGAGGCCGAGGAAAAGGAGAGGCUCGCCAAGGAGUCGCUCAAGGGCGAGGUUCAGCAGGAGAACGCGAGGCGGCGCAAGGAAGAGCUGGAGAAUGCCAAACUCAUGACCUUUGCGCGCACAGCCGACGACGAGGACAUGAACAGGGAGCUCAAGGAGCAGCAGAGAUGGAACGACCCCAUGAUGCAGUUUCUGGCAGACAAGGACACGGGUCGGGGUAGCAAAGGCUCGAAGCGACGGCCCGUCUAUGCCGGAGCUGCGCCUCCUAAUCGCUAUGGGAUCAAGCCUGGCUAUCGAUGGGACGGCGUGGACAGGGGCAAUGGGCAUGAAGCGGAGCGGUUCAAGGCCAUUAAUCGGCGAGAGCGCAACAAGGGCUUGGACUACGCAUGGCAAAUGGAUGAAUGA